UCCAAAAGCGCCUCAGCUUACCAAGUCUGAAAAGCAGGGCUGAAGCUCAACAUGUACAAAGAAGGGCGAGCUCCCGUUGAAUCAGCAAGUCAAAGAACCGUUUUCUCACAAUUAUUUUAUCAGCUCUUAAACCUCGUAGCUGCCAUUUUGAGCACGCAGAUAUCAUGCCUCGAUAUAUGAUCCUGAUCAAAGCUUCUCCAGAAGCUGAAAACCCAACUUCCACUGGCCCCGAGAUCUUCGAAGAAAUGACAACCUUCAACGAAGAGCUUCAUGCGGCUGGCGUUCUUCUCUCAGCCGAUGGUCUCAGCCCAACCAAAGAUGGCUACCGUGUUACAUACUCCAAGGAUGGUCUUGCACAGGUCACCAAGGGUCCUUUUGACGUUGAGAAGGAAGAGCAUGUUUGUGGCUGGUGGAUUCUUAAGACAACAGAUGGUGAGGAAGCUGUUGGCUGGGCGAAGAAGAUCCCUUUCAAGGAGGGUGAGGUUACUGUCAGGAAAAUUGCGGAGUUGGAUGACUUUGGGGAUAGUGUGACGGAUGAUGUGAGGGAGAGGGAGAAGAAACUCGCCAAGGAUCUGGAGAAGAGCAAUGAAUCAAAGUAAGAAAGGGAUGUCAGGCUAUCCUUGCCACAAGUUUUUGUGAGCAUUGACAUUGAUUCCUCACUUUGGAGUGAGGCAUCAUGCUGAAGGUUGCUUACAUGUCACAGUCGCUACUGGUCAUCACUCGUUGUUGCUCCAAUGAAAUGAGGAUAUUGAUAAUAAAAUUCUUGGUAUUGAAAUGGGUAAUUAAGAAACAUAUAACCGGUUG